GUCCACUUGACGUUUGGUCUGCUUUAAGGAAAAUGAAGCGUCUCCGUCUCCCUCUUCCUCCGAAACCGUACUUCAUUUCCUUGCAUGAUCUGGAAUCGCCGCAUCUUCUCAAGAAGGAUUUGGUUUACGAGGUUCAGGUCCUUGUCGGGAUGAUAGAGCAGUGGUCCUGAUAAGGUGGAAGAACUUCUAUCGAAGCACGACCUGGAUCUCAUAUGCCGUCCUCAUCAGGUGUUGUGGAGGAUGGUUAUGAGUUUUUUGCUGACAAGCAACUUGUCACAAUAUUCUCAGCCCCCAACUAUUGUGGUGAAUUUGAUAAUGCUGGUGCAAUGAUUAGUGUUGAUGAAAACUUGGUUGCUCUUUCCAAGAUUCUGUCAUCUUCACGUAGUUUAGCUGCUUCAUAGAGCAAACAGAAACAGCGACUACAGCUUCCUCCUCCAGUAAUGGCGGAUGCUGCAGCAAAUCAAGAAGCAGGACUCGACCUCCACAACUACACGAAAGAUGGAACCGUCGAUUGGAAGGGCAACACCGUUCUCCGCUCCAAAACCGGCCGGUGGAAAGCCUGUUCUUUCAUCCUCGGGUACGAACUAAUCGAGAGAAUGAUGUUCCAUGGGAUUUCGGCCAAUCUCAUUAUAUAUUUGACUACUAAACUCAAUCAAGACACUCUCACUGCUUCUAACAAUGUCACCAAUUGGAGCGGAACCGUUUGGAUUAUGCCCAUCAUCGGGGCUUAUGUGGCCGAUGCUCAUCUCGGUCGCUAUCGCACCUUCUUCAUCUCCUCUCUCGUUUGUUUUAUGGCAAUGGCUCUUCUAACAGCGGCAGUGUCAAUCCCAAGCUUAAAACCACCGCCAUGUUCCGCAUCCAUUAGUAGAGAAAAUUGCAAGCAAGCCUCUAAAUUACAGUUAGCCGUGUUCUUUGGCUCCCUCUACUUGUUGGCAAUUGCCUCGGGCGGGACCAAACCAAACAUCUCGACGAUGGGAGCCGACCAAUUCGACGAUUUUGAUCCGAAGGAGAAGGCCCAAAAGCUGUCCUUCUUCAACUGGUGGUUGUUUACUGUGUUCUCUGGCAUUCUCUUUGCCUCUACUUUUUUGGUUUACAUUCAGGACAAUGUUGGGUGGAGCUUAGGAUAUGGAAUUCCCACUAUUGGGUUGGGUGUUGCCAUUCUUUUAUUUGUUGUUGGCACUCCCUUUUAUAGGCAUAAGCCUCCCAAUGGAAGCCCCUUCAUUACAAUGGCUAAUGUCAUUGUUGCUGCUAUUUGGAAUUGGAGGCUUCCUCUUCCUAAUGACCCAAAUCAAUUACAUGAGCUUGACCUUCAAAAUUACUCCAAGAAUGGAACUUUCAAGAUUGAUUCCACUCCAUCCUUAAGGUUUCUGAAUAAGGCAGCUAUAAGAAGAGUUUCAAGUGAUCCAUGGAGGAUAUGCACAGUGACAGAAGUGGAGGAGACAAAACAAAUGGUGAGAAUGAUACCAAUUAUGGUAUGCUCAUUCAUACCAAGCGCAAUGGUGGCACAAACACACACCCUUUUUAUCAAACAAGGCACCACUUUGAAUAGAAGCAUUGGCAGCCACUUCAAGGUCCCUCCUGCUAGUUUAUAUGCUUUUGUCACCAUCUCCAUGCUUCUCACAAUUCUCAUCUAUGACAGAAUCUUUUUGAAGAUAAUGCAGAGAGUGACCAAAAAUCCAAGGGGAAUCACAAUGUUACAAAGAAUGGGAAUUGGAAUGAUCUGCCAUGUUUUAGUAAUGACAGUUGCAUCUCAAGUGGAAAAGCAUAGACUUCAUAUUGCUGCAAAAUAUGGAUCAUCAGCCCACGAGCAAAAAGAACUUCCUUUAACCAUUUUCAUUCUCCUCCCUCAAUUCAUCCUCACAGGAGUUGCUGAUGCAUUCCUUCUAAUUGCCAAUAAUGAAUUUUUUUAUGAUCAAGCACCAGAAAACAUGAAAAGUCUUGGCAGUUCAUACUUUACGACUUCACUUGGAAUUGGGAACUUCCUCAGUACUUUUAUUCUUUCUAAAGUUUCUGAGAUUACCAAAAGACAAGGCAAUGGAUGGAUUUUGAACAACUUGAAUGCUUCUCAUCUUAAUUACUUCUAUGCUUUACUUGCAGUUAUGAGUUCUGUUAACUUCUUCCUCUUUUUGCUCAUUUCCAAAUUUUAUGUCUACAAAGCUGAAGUCUCUGAUUCCAUUCAAGUUCUUACUGAUGAACUUAAGAAGAAGAAAUCAAAGGCUUAAAAAUAAAAGCUAAGAUUUAAUUUGUAAUGUUUUCUUGUGUUUCUUUUAAUUACAUAUGUAGACGUUCCUUGUGUGGAACUAUAUGUCAGUUAGAUGGUUGUAAUAUUGUUUUCAAUGUAUACAAAUAAAAAGGAUUCCAAGCUUUA